GGAAGAGGCAUGUUAUUCGGCUGCCAGCCCCAGAAACUUUCCCCUUGCUCCAGCACCACGUUUUAGACGGCCAGACGUCUGCUGUCUUUUAGAAAGCGUUUGUUUUGUGUAGGUUGUGGUCUUUGUGUAGCUGUGGUGAAGGAGUGUGGAAUAAAUGUGUGGCUUCGGGGCUACGAAACUGUGACAUUACAGUGAUCUCCAAAACAGGAAAACAUUUUUUUCAUCACCAGUCAUCUGAGAGCAUUCAAAGACAAAUACAAUGGCUGCCCUCAUCAGCGAAAACUUCAAGUUUGUAGCCCUCUUCUUCAAGAGCAAGGAUGUGGUCAUCUUCAACGGGCUGAUCGCCUUGGGCACCGUGGCCAGCCAGACCGCGUACAACGUCUUCGCCUUCGACUGUCCCUGUUCCUCUGGGCGGAACUACCGCUACGGCCUGGCAGCCAUCGGGGUCCCAGCCCUGGCGUUCUUCCUCAUCGGCAUCACCCUCAACAAGCACACCUGGAACCUGGUGUCGGAGUGCCGCAUCAGGGCCUGCAGGAAGGUGUCGGUCGCGGCGGUCUUUGCACUGCUGGGCUCCGUCGUGGGGCGGGCCGUGGUUGCUCCGGUCACGUGGUCGGUCCUCUCUCUCCUGCGGGGGGAGGCCUACGUUUGCGCCCUCAGUGAAUUCGUGGACCCCUCCUCCCUGGAGAACUUCCCCGACGGGCAUGGGCCGGAGGUCAUGGCUGGAUUCCCUUGCAAGGCCGUCCCUGCAGAUGUGCUUGUUUACUUUGAUGAGAUAAACCGCCGUCUGAAGUACGAGUCCCAGCUUUUAGGCUGGUUGCUGGUGGCCCUGAGCUCCAUCACAGUCUUUCUGCUGCUUUGCCUGAAACGCUGCUGCUCUCCCCUCGGCUACCAGCAGGAGGCGUACUGGUCCCAUUUCCGCUCCAGCGAGAAUCAGCUAUUCAAUCGCACGGCCGACGUCCACGCCAAGAUGUUGGCCGCUGAGAGCGUGAAAAGCUUCUUUGGCUUUGUGGCGUUAGAUAAGGAGGAGAAAGACCAGCUGCAGGAGCAUGGGGAAGUCAAGAACGUUAUCCCGGGGUCUCAGUGGAACCAAAUCACCGGCGUUUACCUGUACAGAGAGAACAAGGGCGUCCCCCUCUACAGCCGGCUCAACAAAUGGUCCAGCGUCCCGACGGAGAAUAACGUAGAGGCUGAUGAGAAAGAGAUGGUCAGGCUUACCUGAAGUCUCCUUGGCGUUUUCCCUCUCAGGUGUUCUCAAAACACACCCCCCCCUCUGUUUUCUCCUUUCCUCUCCACACCAGUCAGGGUCGACCGUGCUGCGAUAACUCAGCAUAAAAUAUGGAUUAUAAAUAGAAAGUAAGUUAUUUCAGGAACCCAGCUCCCUCUCUUAAUUGAAGAAAAUGCAGAGGGAGAAAUGCAGUAGCAAAAAAUGAAUACUGUUCUGAGACAGACACAACACCGCAGUGCCUUGAUCUAAUGUAGUUACGGCCUCCUUCUACAUCUUUCUCCAUCCCCUCUGAGCUCUGUGGAAGGACAAUGCUCGGGCAGCAGGUGCUGUGUAUUCAUCUGUCAUGUCAGACAUGCAUAAAUAUCCUCGUUAUCAAUGCAAACGUUUUUAUGGCUCUAUUGCCCGUGGAGAGACAUUUAGCGCACGUUAAUAAUUUAUCCUGCUUUACACGCACAAACAGCAUCGGAAAGCAUCCGGCCCAUUUACAGAGCUUCUCUCUGGUCCAGUGUGCUCUAUCCAACAUACCUCACACACCAGUCUGACUACCUCUGUGUUCAAGGGGCACAAUGUCAGCUGUGCCACUUCACAUUGGCUCCUCAAAAGCACAAAGCAAAUCACCUUGAGGAAUAAUUUGUGGAAGAAUUUGAAUAAGAGGUGUUGCUAAGUCUUAAAGACCCUAGUAGUCACAUCACUGGGAUAAUUGGCUAACAGUUUCAGUACAAAUACAAUGCUGCUUUACUGGUUAUUGUGGAAGUGCCUAUAUUUCACACCCUUUCAUACAAGCAUCCAAAGCAGCCUACAUCUACAAUACCCUCAUUUUAUACACAUCUGCCCAGUGGGGUGAUACAUCAUAUAUUGAUGUCCACUCUAACUUGUAUUUGAAAUGGCUCAUUUCUACAUCAUAAUAACUUGUAUUACUGAGAGCUACAGCAAAAGUCUCUACAACCUGCAAAACCAAUUAUAUUUAUUUAAUCCAUCUUCUUUGCAGUGAAACAAAACCAAAGUUCAUCGACCAUUUAUGGAACAUUU